AUGUCGGCGGCGGUGGCGGCGCAGCCCGUGGCUGUCUUCGGCUGCCGGCCGCGGGUCGCCGGCGGCGUCUGCUUCUUGGAGGACCAGGUCGUGCUGCACGCGGCGGGGGCGGGCUGUCUCCGGCUCCACCUCGAGCAGAAAUGGCACAAGUUCAUCCCAGGCACCGAGAAGAGCCGGGGUGUGCAGGCGCUGGCCGUCAGCCCCAACCGGCAGUACCUGGCUGUCUCAGAGAUAGUGGCGGAUCAGCCAUCCCUGGCGGUCUACAAGCUGUCAUCGGGGCCGGCGCGGCGGCGAAGGGUGCUGGCCUCUGCCAAGCUGCCAGUGCAGGAGGUGGUGUCCCUGGCCUUCUCACCUGACUGCCGGUACCUGGCGGCCACCACUGCCCCCCCCGAGGGGCACCUCACCUACUGGUUCUGGGAGAAGCAGCAGCUGAUGGCGGUGGCCCGCAUUGAGGGCCCGGGCAGCAGCACCUGCCAGGUAAGCUUUGGUCCUCAAGACAAUACACAGGUUUGUAUCACCGGAAAUGGCUUUUUUAAACUUUUUAAGUACAGUGAAGGAACUUUGAAGCAGAUUAAUUUACAAAAGGGAGGGCCGCAAAACUACUUGUGCCAUGCCUGGCUCUCCGAGGAGGAAGUUAUAUGUGGCACUGACACAGGCAAACUUAUCUUGUUUGAAACUGGAGAGCGGCGCUGGGAGACAAGCGUAGAGUACAAAAAAACACCCAGGGAACAAGAAGAAGAUGCAACAGCAAAAGAAUAUGAGAGUUCUCAUGUCUGUUGUGGACUGGCCUCUGAAGAUAAUUCACAACAGGAUUCUUUGCCUCAAAUAUCUGCAGUUGCAGCUUAUUCCAAAGGCUUUGCAUGUUCGUCUAGCCCAGGAGUUGUUCUUCUGUUUGAGAAGACCAAGGAAAAGCAAGUCUACAAAGAGAGUCAAGAAAUCUGGCUUCCUCAGGACCUCUUCAGCAGUGAGCCAAAACAGUCAGUCAGGCAGGACAUUAUAUGUAUAUGCUUCAGCCCCUCUGAGGAAACGAUGGUCGUUAACACAAGUAAAAAUCAGCUUUACAUGUUUGCUAUGCUCCCCGCCGAUCUUAUGAAGGAGAAGGCAGCUUAUUUUGCAUAUCUGAAUUUUCCAUUGCAUUCUGCUUCGAUCACUGGUCUGGACAUCUGUGUAUGGAAACCCAUUCUUGCUACGUGUUCCCUGGAUAGAUCUGUCCGCAUCUGGAAUUACAAGACAAACACUUUGGAGCUGUGUAAGGAAUAUCGAGAGGAAGCGUACGCAGUAUCACUUCAUCCCACUGGCCUUUUCUGUUUAGUUGGGUUUUCUGACAAACUACGAUUUAUAAGUCUACUGUAUGAGGACAUGCAUGUCUUCAAGGAGUUUGCUGUGAGAAAGUGCAGAGAGUGCUCAUUCAGUAAUGGAGGCCAUCUUUUUGCUGCUGUUAAUGGAAAUGUGAUUCAAAUUUAUUCCAGCAUCACCUUUGAGAAUAUUAAUAAUCUGAAAGGACACAGUGGGAAGAUAUAUGCAGUUAAGUGGAGUGCAGAUGAUGCUAAAUUUGUCUCCUGUGACACCCAUGGUGCUGUGUAUGAGUGGAACAUGAUGACAGAUAAACGGGAGUCAGAGUGUGUGCUCAAGUCAUGCAGCUACAGCAGCAUUGCCCUGUCUUCUGAUGCCAAAGUCAUCUUUGCUGUUGGAUCUGACCAAACUCUCAAAGAAAUUUCAGAGUCUUCGAUCCAGCAUGAAAUGUCUGCUUUUGGUGUUGUUUAUACUGCAGUAGCUGUUUCUCAUUCUGGGCGCAUGGUAUUUGUUGGUACAUCUCUGGGGACAAUUCGAACUAUGAAAUACCCGUUACCUUUGACAAAGGAUUUCAACGAGUAUCAGGCCCAUGCAGGUGCUGUUACAAAGAUGUCCGUAACAAACGAUGACCUAUUUCUGCUGACUGCCUCAGAGGAUGGCUCUAUAUUUAUCUGGAAAGUGUAUGACAAAGGAGGUGGGAUACUGAAAUGGGAAAAGGAAGUUGAGUAUGCUGAGGAAGUGCUGAUGAUGAGAUCAGAUAUAGAAGAGAAGAGUCAGACAAUGCUAGACCUGCAAAUUCGUGUGAAAGAGCUACAGACAGAAAAUGAUUACCAGCUACGUCUCAAGGACAUAUACUGUAAUGAAAAAAUAAAGGAAUUGGAAGAGAAUUUCACUCAGGAAAUAGGGUCCCUUAAAACCAAACACCAGAUUUUACAGACAGAGAAAGAAAAACAGGAGCUACAACACCAGUUUCAACUGUCUGAGCUGAUGAAUAAACAGGCCAGGGAGGUGCAACAGCUAGAAUCUGACAGUAAUCAGAAACUCUUAAUGGAAAAUGAGAAAUACCAGGAGCUGCAAGUGAAAUCCCAGAGGAUGCAGGAGGAAUAUGAGAAACAAUUGCACAAUUUGGAGGAAAGCAAAAGCAGGGCUGUGAAUGAGCUAACAGAAUAUUACGAGAAAAAACUUAAUGAGAAAUCUGUUCUGCUGGAAGAGGCAGAGGAGGAUAUCAGGCAGCAGCUUCAAGCACAUGAAGAAAUUAGGAAGCAAAUUGAAGAAGAUGAAGACCGAGAAAUCCUGGAAAUCAAAAUAAAGUAUGAGAGACUGCUCUUGGAGGAAAGGGAAUCAAACCUGCAACUGAAAGGAGAAACAGGAGUCAUGAAUAAAAGGUUGAACAGCCUACAGAAAGAGCUCAAGGAGCGAAACAGGGACAUUGAGGAAAUGACACUGGAACAGCACAAGCUGCAAGGCAUCAUUAAGUCACUGGAGAAGGACAUCUUGGCACUAAAGUCAGAGAUUCAAGAGAGAGCUGACACUAUCCAAGAUAAGGAGAAGCAUAUAUAUGACCUGAAAAAGAAAAAUCAGGAACUGGAAAAGUUCAAGUUUGUCCUGGAUUACAGAAUAGAAGAAUUUAAGAAGCAAAUAGGAUCUCGGGAAAAUGACAUCAAAACAAUGAAGGAGCAGAUCUGUGAAACAGAGGGGGAGCUGGAACGAUUCCACAAGGAGAGCACACAGCUGAAGCUGAACAUCACACAACUACAACAGAAACUAAAGGCAACUGAUCACGAGAUGCACAGAGAGAGGCGGAAGAAGCAAAAUAUGGAAGCUCUCAUCAAACGAUUUAAAACAGAUCUUCAUAACUGUGUGGGCUUCAUUCAGGAUUCAAAAAAAAUGAAGGAUGGGAUCCGUGAGCUCUACACCAAGUAUGUGCAGCAAUCAGACAUGGUGGAGACUGAAGCAGUAGACACAGAUCUGCAGCAGGAGUGCAUGAGACAGCGAGAGUACCUUGAGAGGAAUUUGGCAGCUUUAAAAAAGAAGGUGGUAAAGGAUCAGGAAGUCCACCAAGCUGCUUACAUGCGCAUUGUGCAGGAAAAUGUGACUCUGAUUAAGGAAAUCAAUGACUUGCGGCAAGAAUUGAAGGUGGCCCACACCCAGGUACAUGACCUCCAGUCAACACUAAGAUUAACCAAGAAAAAGAAAGCAAUUCAAGACAAAGCUCCCUCCAGUGAACUGCUGUCCAGCCCAGCUAUCCUGAGGUUGAAUGCAGAGAAGGAAAGUGAGAAAAUCAUAGAAAUGCAGCAGCUAGAAAUUCAGCACCUGCGAGACCAAAUCCAGGAAAAGCAGCAAUUCCUUGCAGUUCAGCCUCUCCUAGAUGGAAAUCUUCCUAAGCUGAAUCUGGAAAGAAGCCACAAGACACAGCAGCAGUGACCUGGUUCAAGGAUGUAUAUUCUCCUGGCAAGAUCAGAAAUGCAACAGCAUAGAUUAGACUUCCAUGAUCCUCUUCUUUUCCACUAGAAGGAUUUCUGCAGUACUCACUGCUCUGAACCCAAGGCAGCAACCUUCAGUCCCUUCUACUUUCCUGGAAUCUGCCCUUUCCAUGAGACCUAGGAGCCAAGAUCAAAAAAAAAUAAAUUUGUGU